AUGCCUGAGAAUAGAGCCACAACAAAUGGUGAUAAUUCAAUCUCUAUUUUUCAACAGAUUUUAGCGUCAUCGGUAGGUGCUAUCAUCACGUCGUUGCUGAUGACUCCAUUCGAUGUUGUAAAAAUUCGUCUUCAACAGCAGGCCCAUCCAUUCGUUAAAGGAUCUUGUUUUUUGUAUAGUAACGGACUUAUGGAUCAUCUCUGUACUGCUUGUGUUAACAGUGUUGCAAAGGAAUCGUGUGAGUGGUUUCAAAGGCCUUCAAAUUUCACUGGAACCAAGGAUGCUUUCAUGAAAAUUACAAAAAAUGAGGGCAUUCGUUCAUUAUGGAGUGGAUUGUCACCUACACUAGUUAUGGCAGUUCCGGCUACUGUGCUGUAUUUUUCACUUUAUGAAAAUGUGUUAGAUUGGAUACGAAAAUCAUAUGAGGGUAAUUUUUGGUCGCCAAUGAUCGCAGGUUCAGCAGCCCGUCUAGCAUCUACCACUGUUGUUUCACCUCUUGAAAUGGUUCGAACAAAAAUGCAAAGUGAACGACUUACGUAUUAUGAAAUCAAUGUUCUUAUGAAGAGGUCUUUGAGAUUGGAAGGAUGGAGAAGUUUUUGGCGGGGUUGGUCACCUACAAUUAUGCGGGAUUUGCCUUUCUCAGCCAUUUACUGGUCUUCCUAUGAAAGUUCAAAAAGUCAAAUCUUAGAAUGGUUUCAUUGGAAAAACACUAGUUUUUCAAUUAGUUGUUUAUGUGGCGGAUUGUCAGGUAGUAUUGCUGCUACACUUACACUUCCGUUUGAUGUUAUAAAAACCCAUCGUCAAAUUACUCUUGGACAAUUAUAUGGAAAUAAUUCGUGUAAAACCGGUGGUAAUAAAUUUAAUGCAUCAACUUUCGGUAUUAUGAGAGAAAUUGUGGAAGAAAACGGUCUUAAAGCAUUAUUUACAGGCUUAGCACCUCGUAUUGCGAAAGUUGCACCAGCUUGCGCGAUUAUGAUAGGUUCAUAUGAAUAUGCAAAGCUAUUAUUUGCAAAAAGCAAUAAAUGA